GACUCAAGGCAGAACUGAAGACAUCAUGGGUUCCGUUUCCAACCAGGACUUCCCAGGAGUUUGCAAGACUGAGGAGGAUGAAGGACCGAGCACGGAGGAGGACUCCCCGUCCUUCCACGGGACUGGGGUGUGUAAGUGGUUCAACGUGCGCAUGGGCUUCGGGUUCCUGUCCAUGACCAGCCGGGACGGAGUGGCGCUGGACGAACCGGUGGACGUGUUCGUCCAUCAGAGCAAGUUGCACAUGGAAGGUUUCCGCAGCCUGAAGGAAGGCGAGGCAGUCGAGUUUACGUUCAAGAAAUCAUCGAAAGGCCUGGAGUCGCAGCGAGUCACCGGACCAGGAGGCAUCCACUGCGUGGGCAGCGAGCGGAGACCCAAAGGCAAAAAGGUCCAAAAGCGGCGCUCGAAAGGAGACAGAUGCUACAACUGUGGAGGCCUGGACCACCAUGCCAAAGAGUGCAAGUUACCUCCCCAACCCAAGAGGUGCCACUUCUGCCAGAGCAUUGACCACAUGGUCGCCAGCUGCCCGGUCAAAGCACAACAGUCCUCACCGGCUUCUCAGGGAAAACCGUCCCCUUUAAAAGCAGACGAGGGGGAGCACAGCCAGCCGGCACCACCUCCUGAAACCUCUGAUUAA